AUGCCAGUCUCGCCCGCUCUUGCCGCGGAUGACUCAACACUCGUUCACCUCAGCGAUCCGCCUUCGGUCCGUCCGGAGCCGAAACCGCUUGCCGUUCUGCAGAAUGUGUUCGGGUACAGCAGCUUCCGCGGCAAACAGCAAGCCGUCAUCGAAACCCUCAUUGACGGCAGAGAUGCCGUUGUCCUGUUUCCGACAGGAGCCGGGAAAUCACUUUGCUUUCAGAUCCCGGCCCUGUGCAGACGUGGUGUCGGAAUUGUCGUCUCUCCGCUGAUCGCCCUCAUGAAGGAUCAGGUCGGUGCCCUGUGCGCCGCCGGCGUCCGUGCAGCCGCACUCAAUUCGACCCUGUCAGGUGAAGAUCAGGCUGCUUUGAGAGAAGAGUUGCGCCGCGGCGAAAUCGACCUUCUCUACGUGACACCCGAGCGCCUAGGCAACGAGAGCUUCCGCAAGUUUCUGGAUACGCUCGACAUAGCACUCUUUGCGAUCGACGAGGCGCAUUGCGUCAGUCAGUGGGGGCACGAUUUCCGCCCUGAAUACAUGUCGCUUUCAUGCCUCGCCGAAAGAUACCCCGGCGUCCCCAGGGUCGCCCUCACCGCGACCGCCGACCCGCAUACGCAAGAGGACAUCCUUUCCAGACUGAAACUGGAAGAGGCAAAGGUUUUCGUUACAAGUUUCGACCGGCCCAACAUCCGCUAUGAAAUCGUCGAACGUUCGAACCAGCGCCAGCAAUUGCUGGACUUCCUCGCAAAGCACAAGGGUGAAAGCGGCAUCGUCUACUGCCUGUCACGUGCCAAGGUUGAAGAUAUCGCCGCGUGGCUGUCUGCCAAGGGAACGAGGGCAUUGCCCUAUCAUGCCGGUUUGCCGGCAGACCAGCGGGCCGCCAACCAGGAUGCCUUUCUCCUGGAAGAGGGCCUGUGCCUUGUCGCGACGGUUGCCUUCGGCAUGGGGAUCGACAAGCCGGAUGUGCGCUAUGUCGCGCAUCUUGACCUGCCCUCCUCCGUCGAAGCCUACUAUCAGGAAACGGGUCGGGCAGGACGCGACGGAGCGCCUUCAGAAGCCUUCAUGGCCUACGGUAUGGCUGAUCUGGUGCAGCGGCGCCGCAUGAUCGCGGAAGGCGACGCUCCGGACGAGGUCAAGCGGGCGGAAAAUACGAAGCUGAACGCGUUGCUGGGCAUCUGCGAGACGGUAGGAUGCCGCAGGCAGGCGCUUCUGGCUCAUUUCGGGGAAACCUAUCCGCAACCCUGCGGCAAUUGCGAUACCUGCCUCUCACCCGUUGAGACCUGGGACGGGACGGAGGCGACCCGAAAACUGAUGUCGGCAAUCUACCGCACGGGUCAGCGUUUCGGCACGGGACACGUGAUUGACGUUCUGCUCGGCAAGUCCAAUGAAAAGGUCACCCGGUUCGGACACGAAAACCUGUCUGUCUUCGGCAUCGGCCAGGAUCUGUCGCAAAAGACAUGGCAAUCGAUCGCACGACAGUUGGUCGCGGCGGGCUUCGUUGAUGUGGACCAUGCCCAGUUCGGAGCGCUUGUGCUGACUGAAAGCGCGCGGCCGGUCUUGCGCGGAGACAAAACAAUUGCCCUGCGCAAGGACAGAAGCGCUGCCGGACUGAAACAGACACGUUCUUCAAGAUCGGCAUCCGUCGCGGACGAAUUCGAGGACGAGGACAAGCUGCUUUUUCAGCGAUUGCGACGUCUCCGGACACAGAUCGCGCGGGAUCAGAAUGUUCCUCCAUACGUCGUCUUUCCCGAUGCGACGCUCGCCGGGAUAGCGGCUGCCAGACCGGUCAGUGCCGACGCACUUUUGGGCAUAUCAGGCGUGGGUCAGUCCAAGCUGGAGAAAUAUGGCGAAGCUUUCAUGGACCUGGUGGAAGCUUUCGAAGCCGGCGUAUGA